AUGUCGAGUGAAGCCGAUGAUAUCUUUGCAGAAAUGAUGAGAGAGGAGGAAGAAAAGUUGAGAAUGGCAGCUGCGUUGUAUAAUCAAAAGGCUUCAAAGCCGGCCAGUACUGCAAAUUCUACCUUACAACGUCCAUCCAAUUCAACGAUGACGAACACCACUCGUAAUAAUACCCCAACAACAACAACUUUGAACACAGGAACAGCCUCCUCAUCCACACCACAAAUAUUUGUUUCAUCGGAAAUUGAAAGCCUUCUUCAACAACCGCCUCAACAAAUUCUUCAAAAUCUUCAACGAGAUAUUAAUUGCUUAUCAAGUUCCGAGAAGGGAAAACGAGUGGGUUCCUUGAAAAAACUAAAAACUCUCUUUGAUGUGAUGGAACAGAGAAGGGAUCAGAUUCCUAUUGUGGAUUAUAUGAAAUUCUUCUUCUCACAUAUUUAUCAACCUUUAAUCAAGUUGUUUGGUAAUGAAGCUGAAUAUUGUAGAGAAACAUCAGUGAAAUUGAUUCUCACUUUUUCAAGCUAUAUCACAGUGAAUGAAAUGGAGGAGGCUCUACCUUUCCUCAUGCCGAUUCUUGAGGAGAGAAUGAGAGGUCCUAAAGAUAAAUUUAUGGAGGAAAGUGAGGAAGUAAGGCAUUCACUUGUCAAAUUGAUGAAAGCUAUUAUUGAAAAAUGUACAACCAAACUCGAGGACCCAGAUUAUUUGCAGAAAAUUGUUUACUUUAUUGAAAAGGCAUUUGAGGAUUUUCAUGGUGUCAAAGCAGAAGCUUCUCAGUGUGUCAUUUCUCUUUGUCGAUGCAUCCGAGAGAGCAUGAUUAAAUUAUUCUCUGGAUCAUUGAUUAAACAUAUCCUUCCAUAUCUGAAACAUCAGCGAUAUAGCGUGAGAAGUGAUGUUUUGGAUGCUAUCAAAUAUUUAGUAGCGUGUGGAUCUGUGGAAAUUCUUGAGGAUUUACAUGCACCUUUGAAAGAAUUGUGUUUGGAUCGAUCGAAUGUGGUUCGUCAGAAAGUAUUGGAUGUCAUUGUAGAUUGGGCUCUCAAUUUGCGAGACAAGUAUUCAUUUCAACAUAACUUUGCAUACUACUUGUUAUUGUUGAGUUCUGAUGAAAUUAGCUCCAUUGCCAAGUCUGCCUUUGAUUAUCUCAUUGAAAUGGGUCGACAAUACGAACGUGACUAUGAAGAUGAAGUUAAUGAAAUUCGAAUGUAUGAUGAGAAUGAAAACACACCAAUGAAAUCAAUCAUGUACCAGAGCCAAGAACGACUUCCACCUCUUCCUUCCGUGCUCACACAGCGACCACUUCUUGGAGCAAGACUAUUGGCAGGUAAAAAGCAUCUCUCGAAAAUUGUUACCUAUUUAUUGGAAGACUUUGAGGAUUGGAGCUUGCCACGAAGAAUUUGUGCUUCAAAAUCAAUGCAAAUCUGCAUUAUUCUUGCUGAGAGAAAUAUUACUCAACAUUUGGACAAGAUACUUCUCACUCUCUUCAAUUCAUGUGGCGACGAAGAAAAAGACCUAAGGGAAGAAUCACAACGAUGUAUCUCUCUCAUUGGCUACUUUGUUGAGCCAGAAACCUAUCUCAGUAUUGUUUACAACAACUCGAGACCGGAAUAUGCAGCUUCUCCUAAAUUUUUAUCAACCGUUUUGAGAUGCUUGGCUCUCAUGUUACAACAUGGAGAUGCAACUUUGGUCAACCAUUCAUUGAUGGGUAUUCUAAGCAAAAUGAGUGCACAACAUUUAAUUUACAAUGAUGAGCCCAAUGUUAAAUUGAAUGUUCUUAAUGUCAUGUAUGCAUGUAUGGAAAAUGGUUCUGUGCAACAUUUGGAAGCAGGAUUUGAAAUUUUCCUCAUCAUUCUCAAAAUUUGUUCUCAGCCCAACACCAUUGAAGCUGUUUCAAAAAGCGGCCUAGAAGUAUUACAAAAAGAAGCUGCAACUCUUCAACUUCAGUCCACAGAAGAAUUAUACGCCGUAUUUUUUGAGAAAGCACUAGGAAAUUUAACACAAGAUGUGAACUCUUGGGACAAGUUGUCACCUAAUUUUUAUUCGUUCGAAGCUCUCUUAAAGAAUGCACCAAAAAGCACAGUUCAAUAUUUCGAUAAGGUCCUAGAGAUUUUUUCCAUGUAUUUAACUCCAGACCGAGAUCCAAUAAUGAUUCUUCGAUUACUUUCUGUGUUGAAUAGUAUUUUAUAUAGCUGUGGAAUGGAAAUUUCUCAGACACAGUUACAAUUCAUUCUCUCGCAGUUUAUUUAUCCCAAUAGCAAAUGGAGAAGUGGAAGAGUUUAUGCCGAUGUCAGAAAGGCAGCCAUUUCUUGUUUUAGUUGCAUUUUGAGACAAAAAUUAUGCACCAACGUGGAGUGCAUUCAAUCUUUCGCUAGUGAAAGUCAAUUCGAUCAUUUAAUGAGUUGCAUGGACGACGAUUUUGAUCCCUCUCUAAGAGCACUGUGUGUGAAAAUCAUGAUUGAUUAUUUAGAUUAUUGUUAUCAAUAUUUAUCAGACAAGCAGUGGGACAAUUUAUGUACAGAAAUGCGAAAUCGAAUGGAAGACGAAAAUGACAUGGUGAGAACGUUCACAGCCACUUCAAUGGCUCAUCUCUUAUUGUAUUUACCUGCUCAUUUGGCAGAUCAAGCCACAGCCAUGUUUUUCUGCCUCUCGACCCAUAUGGACGAUCCCAAUGUAGAAAUUCGAAAAGCAUGCUAUCAAGCAUUUAAAACAAUUAUUGAAAAUUAUAAGAGGAAUCAACAUUUAAGUUAUAUUAAGGAUCGAUUGGAUGUUAUUUCCAAGCAAUUAACGAGUUUUAUGAAUGCUGCUAUUCACAUUCGAUCUGAUUAUGAUAUUCCUUAUUCGACACUUCUUAAUUGA